UCUCUCGGAUUCUCAGUUGAGGGAUAGGACCAAUAUCUUGAAGCAACGAGCUCGCCAAAAUGCCCAGUCUUUGGAUUCUCUUUUACCUGGAAAAUAGAUAAUGGACUUCAUUCUGCGGGCUGGAAUAUCAGUCAAGUCCUGUGGGUUCAUAACGCCACUUUUAUUUGUAUAUAGCACCUUUUUGUUGCUUAAACUUUCUAUUACUAUUUGACUACACAAUCCUGGUCUCAGCUUUCUGCUGAUAUUCUCAAAACUCAAGUUAACAAGACAGCUUUCCAUUAUCCCAUAGUCUGCACUUCAUCUGCUGAGGCGUUCUAUUUGCUUUUCGAUUUCUUCAAUCCUGUUUUAGACUGAUGCUGCACAAGUCCAUGAGGCCUGAGAGCAGAGUUCCAGUGAGGGUUGCUAAUUCCAGAACAGGAUUCUCAAGACAAACACUUUGAUCCAUAAAUCAAAAAUCGUGUUAUCAACUAGCAUCUACAGCUUCAUGUAGUAAAUUUGGCAAAGUGCAUCUGGAAACUGUUGGAUCAACUCUGGCAAAGUGCAUUGGGGAUCUUUUGGCUAGGCUGGGUAUUCUACUUAUGCAGACAACCCAGGCAAGAUGGCCCUAGAAUUGCCAUCCCCAGCGAGUCUUGGAACUUCAUUUGUAUAUCUCAAAGGCAUGGACAUCCCUUCCCCGUUUGGCAUUGAGAUCUAGAAAAAGGCCCAAGGCCCAAUCUUCUAUGGUUGCUGCAAAUCUCUACGACUUAAGCAUCAGCCUGUCUGUCUCAGGUCCUUAGCGGUGGCACUUUGGGCUGAUCUUCCUCAGCAACAUUCUUAAAUCUCUAGUGUUGGUCCCCCUUGAGUUUUAUAGCUUUAGAUGGCUUUCCUUUUCCACGAUUUCUACUUUCCAUCUUCUUGUGCUUCUAACUAGUCAUUACUUUAGCUGUUAGAAGUGUUGUGCUCCAUGGCUUAUCACUUUAAAUAUCUUGCAGGAAGCGUUUGCUAUAGUGAGGGAGGCUUCAAAAAGGGUUCUAGGUCUUCGCCCUUUUGAUGUUCAAUUGAUAGGUGGCAUGGUACUUCAUAGAGGAGAAAUAGCUGAAAUGAGGACAGGAGAGGGGAAGACUCUUGUGGCCAUCUUACCAGCUUAUUUAAAUGCAUUAAGUGGUAAAGGAGUCCACGUUGUUACCGUUAACGAUUACCUUGCAAGGAGGGACUGUGAAUGGGUUGGUCAAGUUGCUCGUUUUCUUGGACUGACGGUUGGCCUAAUCCAGCAAAAUAUGACAAGUGAACAGAGGAGGCAGAAUUACUUGUGCGAUAUCACUUAUGUCACCAAUAGUGAGCUCGGUUUUGAUUACCUGAGAGACAAUCUUGCCAUGAGUGUUGAUGAACUUGUAUUAAGGGGUUUCAAUUACUGUGUCAUUGAUGAGGUUGAUUCAAUUCUUAUCGACGAAGCAAGAACUCCUCUUAUUAUAUCAGGACCUGCUGAGAAACCAAGUGAACAAUACUAUAAAGCUGCUAAAAUAGCUGCUGCUUUUGAACGAGAUAUACAUUACACUGUUGAUGAGAAGCAGAAAAAUGUUUUGCUCACAGAACAGGGUUAUGCAGAUGCUGAGGAAAUUCUUGAAGUAAAGGAUCUAUAUGAUCCUCGAGAACAGUGGGCCUCAUUUCUCUUGAAUGCAAUAAAAGCUAAAGAGCUCUUUCUUAGAGAUGUGAACUAUAUUAUUCGUGGCAAAGAGGUUCUCAUAGUGGAUGAGUUUAGUGGUCGAGUCAUGCAGGGGAGGCGUUGGAGUGAUGGGCUUCACCAGGCGGUGGAAGCCAAAGAAAGCUUGCCCAUUCAAAAUGAGACAGUCACUCUUGCCUCAAUUAGCUACCAAAACUUCUUUCUUCAGUUCCCAAAACUUUGUGGCAUGACUGGCACUGCUGCAACUGAGAGUUCAGAGUUUGAAAGUAUUUACAAGCUCAAAGUUACAAUCGUGCCAACAAACAAGCCUAUGAUACGGAAGGAUGAGUCGGAUGUGGUGUUUAGGGCAACCACAGGAAAAUGGCAGGCAGUUGUUGUAGAAAUUUCUAGAAUGAACAAGACCGGGCGCCCUGUUCUCGUUGGCACAACUAGUGUUGAGCAGAGUGACACAUUGUCCAAACAACUCCGUGAAGCUGGAAUCGCUCAUGAGGUUUUAAAUGCCAAACCAGAAAAUGUGGAGCGAGAAGCUGAGAUUGUGGCACAAAGUGGCCGCCUUGGGGCGGUUACUAUUGCUACUAAUAUGGCGGGUCGGGGAACAGAUAUAAUUCUGGGUGGUAAUGCAGAAUUUAUGGCUAGGUUGAAGCUACGCGAGAUGAUGAUGCCAAGUGUUGUUAAGCCAGCUGAAGGAGUUUUUGUUUCUGUGAAGAAAUCUCCCCCAAAGAAGACAUGGAAGGUGAGUGAAAGUUUGUUUCCAUGUUCACUAUCUCAAGAAAGUACCAUGGUGGUUGAGGAAGCUGUACAUUUGGCUGUCAGCUCAUGGGGUCGGAGAUCUUUACCUGAGCUUGAAGCAGAAGAGCGGCUUUCUUAUGCUUGUGAAAAGGGUCCUGCUCAAGAUGAAGUAAUAUCCAAAUUACGCCAUUCUUUCCUACAAAUUGCAAAAGAAUAUAAGGCCUACACCGAGGAAGAAAGGAAGAAGGUUGUAGCAGCUGGAGGACUUCAUGUCGUCGGCACAGAACGCCAUGAAUCACGAAGAAUUGACAAUCAGCUGCGUGGUCGAAGUGGCAGGCAGGGGGAUCCUGGAAGUUCCCGCUUCUUCCUUAGUCUUGAAGAUAAUAUCUUCCGCAUUUUUGGGGGGGAUCGAAUUCAGGGCUUAAUGAGAGCUUUUAGAGUUGAGGACCUACCAAUUGAAUCAAAAAUUUUGACGAAAGCACUGGACGAAGCUCAAAGGAAAGUGGAAAAUUACUUUUUUGAUAUCCGAAAGCAACUAUUUGAGUAUGAUGAGGUACUGAACAGCCAAAGAGACCGUGUCUAUAUGGAGAGAAGGCGAGCUCUAGAAUCUGAAGACCUUCAAUCUCUACUAAUUGAAUAUUCUGAACUCACAAUGGAUGACAUACUAGAGGCAAAUAUUGGUUCUGAUGCUCCCAAGGAAAACUGGGAUUUUGAAAAGCUUAUUGCAAAGCUCCAGCAGUAUUGCUAUUUGUUGAAUGAUUUGACUCCAGAUUUAUUGGUAAGCAAAUGUGCAACUUAUGAAGAUUUGAGGAAUUACCUUCGUGUUUGUGGACGAGAAGCAUAUUCACGGAAGAGGGAUAUCGUGGAGACACAAGCUCCAGGAUUGAUGAAGGAAGCAGAAAGGUUCCUAAUAUUGAGCAACAUAGAUCGGCUAUGGAAAGAACACUUGCAAGCACUUAAAUUCGUUCAGCAAGCUGUAGGUUUACGUGGAUAUGCACAACGAGAUCCGCUCAUUGAGUACAAGCUUGAAGGCUACAAUCUGUUUAUUGAGAUGAUGGCACAAAUAAGAAGAAAUGUUAUAUAUUCUAUAUACCAGUUCAAACCAACGAUGGUGAAGGAUCAAGACCAGCAGCCUGCAAAACCCCGCAAGGAUGGUGCAAAUGGGUCAGUGCUCCCACCAUCAUCUGUCAGCUCUGAGGCUAAUGUAUGACACUGAGUUGGGCAUGUAUUGAAGCAUCAAACAUGGAUGGUAAAUAACGUGUAUCAUUGAAUUUAUCUGGUUCUGCAUAGAAUUGUGUAUAUCACCACCAUGUAAGUUAGAAUGUCCUGUAGAGAGGAAUCAUCAUAUAAAGGUACUGUAAAGUUGCUUAUACAGCGUCAUUUCAUAUCAUAAAAAUCGUUACUCAAUUUUCUUGUUUGCUUCUGUCAA